AUACUAAAUUUUAUUCAAGCUAAAAAAAGCCAUUGGUGACACAAGCUUUCUGCAAAGGAGUUUGCUACCUGGCAGCUAACUAAUGCAUCUCUCUCUGUCUCUCUCCAUCUCUCCCUCUCUCUCUCUUUCAUUCAUACAUCAUCAUAACUACUUUGUAAUCUAUUUUGCUUUGUACAUUCAUUAGCUUCCUUAAAUCUUCAUUUGUAACUUCCCAUAAGGUACCCAUCCUUUUCUUUCUGCUAAAAUCUAUGAAAAGAUUGAAUCUUUACAUCAAGAACCAAAAUUUAUAACAGCCCUUUUACAAGUUUUUGAAGUUUGAUUUGGUACCAUGAAAAUUACUAUGAAAGAUUCAGAAAGAAUGAUAUGGGAUCAGAUCAAAAGCCCCCCAGGAAAUGCAAGAGCUUUACCAAAACUAAUGCUUUGCCUGGUCUUGAUUGUUUCUGCAACUUGUGUAGUGUUUACUGUCAAGUUUGCUGCAAAUUCCCCUUCUUGUGGUGGUGAAAAAUUGUACAAUUCAGUUCAAAGGAGCCUCUCUGGUCAAGAUGUAUCAAGGUUUUUGAGUCAGAACAAAACCCUUUUGGUUAAACCCCCAGAAAAAACUGAGCUCAAACACAUUGUUUUUGGCAUUGCAGCUUCAGCUAAGCUGUGGGAGAAGAGAAAGAAUUACAUUAAGUUAUGGUGGAGAGGUGAAAAAAUGAGAGGGAUUGUUUGGUUAGAUAGUCAUGUUGAUUCGAAGAAAGAUGAGGCCUUGAGCUUGCCUGAGGUGAGGAUCUCAGGCAAGACGGAUCAAUUCGCCUAUAAGCACCCGAAGGGGCAUAGGUCUGCUAUUCGAAUUUCAAGGAUUGUAUCAGAGACUUUGAAGCUGGGAAUGCAGAAUGUGAGGUGGUUUGUGAUGGGAGAUGAUGAUACAUUUUUCUUGACAGAAAAUUUAGUGAGGGUUUUGAAUAAGUAUGAUCAUAAUCAGUAUUAUUACAUUGGGAGCUUAUCCGAGAGUCAUUUGCAGAAUAUUUAUUUUUCGUAUGGAAUGGCUUAUGGAGGGGGAGGUUUCGCAAUUAGUUACCCAUUGGCAAAAGCUCUGGAGAAAAUGCAAGAUAAGUGCAUUCAGAGAUAUCCCAAUUUGUAUGGUUCUGAUGAGAGAAUUCAGGCUUGUAUGGCUGAACUCGGUGUUCCACUUACUAAAGAACUCGGAUUUCAUCAGUAUGAUGUUUACGGGAACUUAUUUGGUCUUCUUGCUGCACACCCUGUGACGCCUUUAGUGUCGUUGCAUCACCUUGACGUGGUGGAGCCUAUAUUCCCAAACGCGACUCGGGUUGAAGCCUUACAACGGCUGAUGAUUCCAAUGAAGCUUGAUUCAGCAGGUCUCAUACAACAAUCCAUUUGUUAUGAAACGAAAAAGACUUGGACCAUUUCUGUGUCCUGGGGUUUUGCUGUUCAAAUCUUUCGUGGAGUCUUGUCUCCUCGCGAGGUAGAAAUGCCUUCUAGGACAUUUUUGAAUUGGUAUAAGCGAGCAGAUUACACUGGUUAUGCUUUCAACACACGUCCAGUUGCACGAAUCCCUUGCCAGAAGCCCUUCGUGUUUUACUUGUCAAUGGCCAGAUUAAAUUCCACCACCAAUGAAACAGUGAGCGUAUAUAAUCGUCAUCAAGUUCCUCAUCCUGAUUGCAAAUGGAGGAAGAUGGUAUCUCCUGCAAACAUCGACAAAAUAGUGGUUUACAAGAGACCUGAUCUGCAUCUAUGGGAUAGGUCUCCAAGGAGAAACUGUUGCCGGAUUUUAGAGUCGAAAAGAAAAAGCCUGGUGUUGGAUGUUGGUGUUUGCAGGGAAGGCGAGAUUGCUGAAAUAUAAGGACCAAGCACAGAACAAGUUUUGUCUCUCUUCUUGCAAUCCACAUUUGUUUAUUAAGUUCUUUAUUUUUCAAUUCUUCUGCGUCCAAUUUUCGCCAAUGUACCUAUUCCAGUCUCAAUGUAUGUAAAACGUUGUAGGACAAACCAUACAAUAAAUUUCAUGUUUAAUGAUUUUCCACAA